AUGUCAGCCAUCUACAACGUCGGGCCUUACUGGCAGGGGUAUGAAAGAAUCAAGAAAUUAGUCGUAUUCGGUGACUCGUUCAGUCAUGUUGGCUACAACCUCCAAGCACCAGCUCCGACGUCUAUACGCCCGCUAGGUGUAGCAUUCCCGGGCCAGGUAGUAAAUGAGCCUGGCCAUCCAAACUGGGUCGGACACCUUAUCAGGACGCACAGUCAUGGGCAUGCGAAUUUUGUCGUGUGGGAUUAUGCCGUCCGCGGUGAUACUGCACCUGGCGUCGUACGUCAGAUUCGGGAGCAAUUCCUCCCUGCUGUAGGGAGACGUCCUAGCUGGGCAAACUGGAAGCCUGAUCAUACUUUGUUCAUUACUUGGAUCGGAACCAACGAUUGCAGAUUACUGUACACCAACGAUCGUAGGGAGAUCGCAGCGAUCAUAGCGAACUUAUUCGCCGGCGUGGAGGAGCUCUAUGCGGCGGGCGCGCGUAACUUCAUGUUCGUGGACGUGCCUCCGAUGCACCGCUCACCUGUUGCUCCUCCCGGCGCAGGCAACGAGUACGCGCAGCCUUUCAUCAACUGGAACGACGAACUUCGAUUGGCCGUCGGUCGAUACGCGGCACACCGUCCAGAUGCGACGCUCCUUAUAUUCUCCUCUUGGGCAACAUACACCCGCGUCUUGGACCAGCCGGAACGUCAUGGAUUCGCGAGAGCUGCGACCCAAGUCAGAGGAGGCGAGAUAUGGUUCGACCAUAUGCACCCGACGACAAGGAUGGCGGACAUCAUUGCCGGUGAUGCUGCUCAAUUCUUGCUCAGUGUUCCCCCCGCGUAA